AAUUUUAAUCAUAAUCAGUUGUUAUUAAGCAGUCGAUAUGAAGUGAAUAUUACUGUUAGGAAUUUAAAGAUUUUAAGUUUACCUCAAGAUAUGAGUUCACCUUGAUUAACUUUUAUUGUGACUAGAAUAUGAGUGUUCGCGUUAGCAUACUGGCUGUUCUUUCUCUACAUGUAUGUGAUAUCAAUGGAGGAUGUCAUGUAAACAAUUGGCCACACUCAUGUCAAGCCAACUUUAGAAUAGGACCCCAAAGAUGUGAACCCUGUGAGUCUGGUAGUUAUGGCUGUAACUGCUCAGAACCGUGUCCCGAUGGUAGAUACGGUCAGGAAUGUUACCAUUUUUGUGACUGCUCUGAUGAACAAUUCUGUGAUCCUGUAGUAGGUUGUACAAACAACAAUACAACUACAGAUAUAACGACAGCAACAGAUGCAACACGUUUGUCUGUAGUUACCCUUUCUUCUUCUUCUUCAAAUACUGACAAUCAACACAACACACACACGGAGUCCGGAGUUACUCCCCUACAUAGCCUCACCACGUCUCUGAUUGUGUCCAUAACGACCGUCGUCGUCUUCAGCACAAUAUUUGCCUGUAUUCUUAUUAGAGUAAGCAAACGGUUUUACAAGCGUGAAUAUCAUGUAAAAUCAACUGAGGGGGUACUUGAACUUGGAACAAAUGAAGAGGACAUCGAUGUUCAUUCGUAUCUCACUAUCAGUGAUAGAUCAGUCAGAAUGUAUGCAGCUGUCCAUUACGACGAGGCAGAGGACAAAAAAAGUAGUCCUUCGUUAUCACUACACAGUGAAAAAGAGGACUUAAGCAUCGAAAGUAAAACAAGUCCUUCCGUAUCCUUUCACAGCAAGAAAGAAGAGGAUGCAAGCAUUAAAAGUGAUACCAGUAAGAUAUCACAGGAAUAUUUGACUCCUGUUGUGACAACAGCCGAGGAAACCAAAUCGGAUAGUCAACGAUCUAGUGAUUAUGAAGAUUUUCAAGAAGUCACAAAGUGUUCAGAAAAUUUCGAAUCUCCAGCCAGCCUGAGUUUCAAAUUGGGUACACUGGUCAAAAUUGACAGUGUUCAACUUUGAUUAAGGAUAAGCCAACGGAAUCGCUAAAAUAAUACUUCAAGAUGAAAGUUUUUCCUUCCCUCUAUUCAUAUGAAUACCUAGGUUAUGCUCUUUUUGUUAAAGACGUUAACUAGAAUUUAUUUUUCUACUAGAAAAGGCAACUUUAAUCUUAAUUUGAAAUUUUAUGUGCCUUAAAUAGAGUGUAAUGCAUAUAUGGAAUUAAAAAUCAUUAUAAUAUUGAAAGUUUCACUACUCUUGAUUACUAUGUGGAAAAAACAAAUUUUACGCCCUAAUCGGUGAUUUGUAUAGGUAGAUAUAUACAUUCGAGGGUUGUCCAAAAAGUUCGUGGACACAUGUAAUUUUAUUCAAAAUAGCAGCACCAUUAUCAGGAAAGUAUUAAAAUAUUGUAAUAUAGAGUAUGAUAAUGUGUAUGUAUAAAAAUCAGAUCAAUGUAGAUUUUUGUAAUGGGGUUAUCAAUAUACAUUGUCUAUACAGGCCGCACGGCCUAGUCUGACGUUGAGUUACAACGAUGUUUCCAUAACGUCGUAGUCCUGGGUCUACCUGAGAGUAAUAUGCCGCAGUCACCCUCUGGUCAGAGGGUACAAUCGCAUAUUCCAUCAAAAUGUCACUUGUGAAUAAGUAGACUCGAACUAUUUUGAU